AUGGCCGAACAAACCUACAAAUUCGAUGUCAAGGUCAAACUCACCGCCAUUAUGACCUGCGGCGGCUGCUCUGGUGCCGUCACCAGAGUCCUGGAGAAGGCUAAAGCUGAUGGCGUCACAUCGUUCGAUGUCAGCCUCGAGAAGCAGGAGGUCGUCGUCAAGGGCACUCUUCCCUACGAUGAUGUGCUCGCGAGAAUAAAGAAGACUGGCAAGGAGGUUCGCUCUGGUGCCGUCGUUACUGAGCAGUGA